GAAGGCGGCGUUGCCAGCGACGCCCAGCCGACGGCGGUGGGUGCGACGCAAACGGAAGCCGCCGUUGGGGCGUCGGUGCCUGCACGGCCUCCACCACCACCACCGCCGGGUGCAGAAGUUGACGCAGCGGCGGCCGGCUCCGCGACGGCUGGCAAUCGCCCCGCUGCCGGCAACGGCGUCGGCCCGCAGCCGCACAGCGCAGAACCGGUGCGGGACGGUGCGCAGUCGACGGACGGGGCUGCCGCAGCAAGCACCACCACCGGCGACGUUUCGGCAACUGCGGUGCAGCCGCCACAACAGGGCGUUGACGCCGCAGUGGGCAAUAAAAACGCCUCGGCUGGCGCGCAAGAAAUCCCCCCAGCGCCCGACGCGGUGCCUCUCCCCGGCAACAGCUCCGCUGCCUCCAAGCACAGCACUGACUUGAGGCCCAGCGAGGAAAGCAGCGACGGCGCUCUGCGUGGGUGCGUGUCUCGGCUAUUGCUGCUUGCCCUGCUGGGGCUGUGGGGCACGACGGCUCUCUGCUGA